GGCCGAUCGGGUCGGUUCCAAUUUCGGUACAGACAACAAGCGUCUGUUGUGCCGUUUGUUACGUAGAUGAGGGCUGCUCCUCGCGGACGCAACACGACGAAGAUCAGUCAGGAACAACAAGUAAAUCAAGAAGUGCGUGUAAUAAUCUGAACAUGAAUGGCAGUGAACCCUCCCGUAAAGCUGAAGUGGAUGGAGCACCUGAACACCUCCUGGGUGUCGGAGGACUGCGAGAGCAUCGCCACACGUGAGGGGGUCAUCAUGCUGUACGACCGUCUGGUCGCCAACAAGGAGGUCAUCCCCAUUGCCCAGCAGGCCUUGCACCUCAAGGGGCCGCAGCUUCCUGACUUUGAGCGGGAAGUUCUCUGUCAGGAAGAGCAGGAGCAUUUUUUGAGAGCUCUCCUGAACAGCCAGCUCACACUCGCCCGCAGCGUGUGCUCAGACUCCCCAUUUUCGUCCUCCCUCCGCAAGAGGCUCGUCGUGCUGCAACGAAUAUUCUACGCCGUAUCGAACAAGUACCACGACAAGGAGAAGGUGAGACAGCAGCAGCAGACACAGGAGACGCAGGCGGGCGUCAACAGCGAGAAGUCGAGCGGGGAGAAGACACGGACGGGAAACGACGCCUUGAUCGAGAUGGGCGUCCGCACGGGUCUCAGCCUUCUAUUUGCCCUUUUGCGGCAAAGUUGGCUCCAGUCUCCACCGGGCGGCAAUCUUUCUCUCUGCAAUGACGUCAUACAGACCGCAAUGGACGUGGUGAGCUCCCUGCCACCCCUGUCUCUAGCUAAUGAAACUAAGAUGCCUCCAAUGGGACUGGACUGUCUCAAACAAGUGACAGAGUUCCUGAAGAGUGUGACCAUGCCAACCUCCGGUGCUGACAGUUUGGGGAAGAGACUCGCUGCCGAGUUGCUUCUCGGCCUGGCCUCUCAGAGAGGUUCCCUGCGGUACCUGCUAGACUGGAUAGAGAUGGCCCUGGCAGCGUCAGCAGCACUGGGAUCACAGGUGGAGAGGGAAGAGGACAGGCUGGGGCAGAUUUCACAUGAGUUUUUUCAACAGAUUUUGCAAGUGAUGGAAAAUUCUGUGAGAAGACAUGAGGAAGAAUGUGGGCAUUCUAUAGAGAGGAUGUACCUGACCAGGAUGACCUCAUUACAACCAAAGGGCAUUUCACAAGGUGGUUCUGGAAAUGACAAGAGAGAUCACCAAAUCACCGACAUGAACAAGACAGGAGAUGGGAUGUUUCCUCUGUACCUGGCUGGGAUGGUGCUGAUGGAGGAGGUGGCUUGGCUGGCAUCAGACUACGCCCGGUCCUGUGUCUGUCCCUCUCCGGUACCCAUCGACGACUCCAGUACGGGCGAAAAUGGCAACAUGGUGACUGAAAACAGCGAGGUUUAUGUUUGGGGCAGCAACAGCAGCCACCAACUGGCCGAGGGCAGCCAGGAGAAGAUCCUGCAACCUAAACUGUCUCCUGCAUUUGCUAAUGCUCAGACAGUAAGCUCCAUUUUGAAUAUCGAGGCGGGACAGUACUGUACAUUUGUAGUGUAUAAUGACGGGACUGUACGGGCGUGCGGGAAAGGCAGCUACGGGCGACUGGGCCUGGGCGACUCCAACAACCAGACCACCCUGAAGAAAUUGAACUUUGACCACCGCUAUGUAAUCCGGAAGAUCUCGUCCUCGAAGGGUUCGGACGGUCACACGCUGGCACUGACUGCUGAUGGCGAGGUGUUCAGCUGGGGGGAUGGGGACUACGGGAAGCUGGGCCACGGGAACAGCUCCACACAGAAGUACCCAAAACAGAUCCAGGGAGCUCUGCAGGGCAAGGUUGUGAAGAGCAUCUCAGCAGGCUAUCGCCACAGCGCGGCGGUGACAGAAGACGGUGAACUGUUCACGUGGGGCGAGGGCGACUACGGGAGGCUGGGACACGGAGACAGUAACAGUAAGAACCUGCCCACCCUGGUGAAGGACAUCACCAACGCUGGACAGGUGGUCUGUGGCAGUUCUCACACCAUCGUUGUCUCACAGGAUGGCAGGACCGUCUGGUCGUUUGGAGGAGGGGACAACGGAAAACUCGGCCAUGGAGACACUAACAGAGUAUACAAGCCUAAGGUGAUAGAGGCUCUAGUUGGGCUGUACAUCAGGAAAGUGUGCUGUGGCAGCCAGUCAUCCCUCGCACUCACAUCAACUGGACAGUUGUUUGCGUGGGGGUGUGGAGCCUGCCUGGGCUGUGGGUCACCUGAGUCCACCGCCCUCCGACCCAAACUGGUGGAAGAACUGGCCAACACCAGGAUAGUCGAUGUGGCCUGUGGGGACAGCCACUGCCUGGCCCUCACUCAUGACAAUGAAGUUUAUGCAUGGGGCAAUAAUGCCAUGGGCCAGUGUGGACAGGGCCACUCCCAAAGCCCCAUCACUAAACCCAAGAAAGUUGUUGGUCUGGACGGAGUGACUGUGCACCAGAUUUCUGCAGGCACCUCCCACAGCCUGGCAUGGACAGCCCUACCGACAGACAGGCAGGUGGUGGCGUGGCAUCGGCCGUUCUGUGUGGACCUACAGGAGAGCACGUUCACCCACCUGCGCAUGUUCCUGGAGCGCUACUGUGACGGCUUUGACAGCCCAAACCCACCCCCGCCCUUCCCAACAUCCAAAGAGCACCACCACUUUGUGCUGCUGUGCCUGAAGCUGCUGUGUACCCACCUACAGCUGGCACUGGCCGGCGGUGUGGCCACCACCAUCCUGGGCAGCCAGGCACGGCCGCUCAGACAUCUCCUCUUCAGACUCAUGGACUCUUCCACUCCUAACUCCAUCCAGGAGGCUGUAAGUGAGACCCUGUCUGUGGGGGCUCCUCUGCUCCUGCCGCCCCUGCGGGAGAGAAUGGAGCUUCUCCACCAGCUUCUGCCUCAGGGUCCUGCCAGAUGGGAGUCUCUCUCCAAGGGACAGAGGAUGCAGCUAGGCAUCAUCCUGACCAGUCUGCAGGACAACACCCAUGUGGCCUCGCUCCUGGGUUUCUCCGCCCCCCUGGACAUGGACACCCCCUCCCCCCGGGGAGUCUCCCCCGCCGCCCCCGACACUCACCUGGCCGAGAUGCUGAUGAAGACACUCCUGAGAAACCUCGGCUUCCACACGGAGCAAGCAUUUGGAGAACUUGAGAAGAACAGUGACAAGGAUGUUGGCUCAGUGUCUGAGUAUGAGGAUGGAACCCCGCCUGCCCACCUGCACGAGCUCCUGUCCUCCCUGCAGAAGCACCUGCUGGCCUACUGUCAUGUCAACGCCCUGGAUGAGAGUUCUCCGACGGUAUCCCUUCUGCACAAGCACCUGUCCCUCAUGCUUCCCCACGCUGGCGAGGUGCUAUCACGCUCUGCACAGCUCCUGCAGGACAGCGCAGCCCAGGGACAGUCAGCUGUCAGAGACAGGCUGGGAGACGUGCUGUACAAGUCAGCAGCUGGCAGCAUGCUGUCCCAGAUGAUCCACUCGCUGCUGCUGCUGCCGGUGACGAUCGUGCGGCCCAUCCUGGCCCACCUGCUGGCGCUGCUGCCGUACCUGGACAGCCUGAACCGGCUCUUACCGGCCGCAGCCGUGCUGGAGGACCAGGAGCUGGAGUGGCCUUUACAUGCCACUCCAGAGAGUAUUGACCCCUCCGCGGCGCCCAUGGCCCAGCCCUCCAAGUCCUGGGUGUGGCUGGUGGACCUGGAGCGGGCUGUCGGGCUGCUGGUCGGGCGGUGUCUGGGGGGGAUGCUCGUGGGGAUGCCCCCCUCCGCGGACGAGAAGGAGACCGGCGGAUGGAUCUCUUCUCCACUCUUCUGUAGUGGGCUCGAGAUGAAUGCCCAGGACAUUGUGAUAAUCCUCAGCGUAGUGUCAGAGUCUGUCGCAUCAGGAGGUACAGAACACAACCUUGGGGACUACAAUCUGCCCACCCCCCUGCUGCAGCUAGUGGACCAGUCCAGUCUCCUGUCCUCCACUCUAUGGAACAACAUGCAAGACUUUGCCAGGAGCAAAGACUGGGACACCAGUGAGUUGACGGAUGACCCUGUGCUGGACACCGUGUCACGCAUGCUGCUGGCAUGUCUGCUGAAGCACUGUGGUCUGCUACAGGUCGCUUCUCAACCUCACAAGGGUACCCCAGGCCGUGGGUUGCUGGAGGUGUACAGAUGUGUGUACAAAGUGCGCAGGAAGCUGCUGGCUAAAAAGCCUCUGUCUGUCCCCGCCUCCCCCAAAGACAUGGACCCUCCCACGGAAGGUGUGGACAAGCCUUCUGAUGAGGAGGAGCUGGAGAUCGAUGAGAGGGAUGAGGAAGAGCAAAGGGACAGAGAUGAAGAUGGUUUGGAGAAGUCUCAGGGUAAGGAUGAGGAGGUUCCCCCUGAGCCUGAGGUGGAGACGCCGUACCCGUCCCUGUGUCAGGCCCUGAUCCAGCGCUGUGUGUUCCUGCUGCUGGCCGUCAGACCCUCCUGGCCCAGUGAGGAGGAACUCCUCUCACUCAGUCCACCCAAAGGGCUGAAGACUGGUUUGAAGGAAGCAGGAAGAGCUGAAAACCCACCGGAGGUUGCCCACUAUGAGUCUUCAGGCAGUGAGGAUGAGACAACAAUGGCCUUGGCAGCCAGACUGCCGGAAGGGCUGCUGUCCUCAGCUUCCUCUGAGGAGGAUGAUCAGAGACAGGAUCACUCCCACGGCCCCGACCGAUCCCUCACCGCUGUCAGAGAGGCUCUGAAGCGCCUCAAGUGGAGACAGCAUCGUGUUGGACUUACAGCCCCCGGUGACAUAACCCAUGGGUCCCAGUACAUGCGUCUGCUGCACCAGCUGAUGGACACUGUCGUGGCGUUCGCCUGUGACGAGCCACUGGCUCAGUCAGCACAGGAGACAGAGGAGGAUGUGAAAUGGGGGACGGACCCAUGUAUGGUUACCAUGGCAAUGUGUCAUCAACAAACAAGGGCAGAGAUGAGGCUAGAAUCCCUGAACCAGAUCCUGUCGCUGCUGUCAUCCACUGAGGAGAAGACGGACCAGUCCACCCCAGCAUCCCAGUACCCCUUCCAGUCCAGACCCUCCCCUGCCUUCAACUGCACCUCCCUGCUCGACUCUGUACACCUGCAGUUCCUGGCAGGGUGCUUCGGACUGGGCAUGUUAGGGCCGGUCAUGGUGGGGGGGCACAACACAUCGCAACUUCAUCACUACUCUGAUGGCAUCAAGGCAGCCAGUAGUACCACUCAGCAGGAGAUCCAGGCAGCUGUGCACAAAAUCUACAAGUACCUGGUCAUGACCCUGUCUAGGUCAGAGUCACAGGAGUCAACACACAGCAACAAAGGAGCCCAGGACAGACUUCUCCUCAGCACCAUCUUUGCCCUGAGUGUGAAGUACCAGCCUGUGGACGUGUCCCUAGCUGUGUCCAGCGGCCUGCUGCCCCUCCUGUCCAAACUGUGUGGCACCAGUCCCGCCCUCUCCCACCCCCACCAGCUCAUCCUGGGUGGUACGUCCCAGCUGUCCCUGGUGCUGCAGGUAGCCAGCCUCAGGCUGCUGCACAUCCUGGCAGUUACAACAGGGACGUAUGCAGACAAGCUGAGCAGCAGCGUGGUGUCGGCCAUGGUGGACCUGUUGUGCAGUCAGAUGAGCUCCCUGCUGGAGGCUGCGGGAGGACAGAAUGUCACGGGGAGGAAGGAAGAGUCAGAAGACAAGCCCAAGCUAUCCACUCGGCAGAUGAGACUUGCGGAAACUGCACUUGGUGAUUUCCUUGUGUUCCUGAGACGUGUGGCCUCCUCUCGCUCCGUUCAGCUUAAGAUGGCAUCCCGACCGUGGACCAACCUGCUCCUGACGAUAGCAGGAUCAGCACAGCUGGAAAGCACUUCAGCCCUUCCCCUGGUGAACAACCUGCGUACACGGCUGCUGGCACUGCACCUGCUGGAGGCUGUGUUACCUGCCUGUAACCCCGCCACGGAUGGACAACACAUCAGACAGGUGUGUGACCAGCUGUUCAGCCUGCUGUCCACGUCGAUGUGGGAGACCCCGCUGGCAGCCUCCCAACAGGCACUCAGGCUGAAAGAGGAAGAAAUCGACAAGAAGCUCCUCAAGCAUCAGAACCCAGAUGCAGGAUCUCCUGAUGCAGGCUGGGAAGAGGAGAACAUGGCUGUACAGGAGGCGAACUUUGACCCUGAGCGCACGGUGUGCUGCUCAGUGGAGAACGGUCACACCCUGGUGCAUGGAGCAGGGGGGAGGGGGUACGGACUGGGCUCCACUGGCAUCUCAUCAGGCUGCUGGCAGUGGAAGUUCCUGAUCAUUAAGGAGAACAGAGGUAACGAGGGGACGUGCGUGGGCGUGUCCAAGUUCCCGGUGCAGGACUUCAGCCACCGCACCACGGCGGACAUGUGGCUGUACCGCGCCUACAGCGGGAACCUGUACCACAACGGGGAGCAGUCUCUGGCCCUGCCCAGCUUCACACAGGGGGACUACAUCACCGUGGUGCUGGAUAUGGAGGCCAGGACCGUGUCAUUUGGGAAGAACGGAGAGGAACCCAGGCUUGCCUUUGAGGACGUGGACUCCACUGAGCUUUUCCCAGUCGUGAUGUUCUACAGCAGCAACCCGGGGGAAAAGGUGAAAAUCACAGACAUGCAGGUGAGAGGAGCCCCCCGUGACCUGCUGCCAGGUGACCCCACCUGCGCUCCUGCACCUGCUGUUACAUCUGAGGCAGCUGUCCAGCUUAUUCGUACCUUACACAGACAGGAGGGUUGGACAGGGCACAUCAACAACUGCAUCAUGGACAGACUUGGGAACAUCAAGAGGCUGUAUGAGAUGACUCUCAUGCAGGAGACAGACACUGGGACACCCAGGACCGUCGCUAAAAUGAUGGAACGAAAAUCCACCGAGGAGGACAGCACUGGAGACAGUACAAAGGAGGAGGCAUUAAGCAAGGAUCAGAAGGAAGAUGAAGAGAAGGCAGAGCCACAGAGUGGAGAGGGAGAAGUAGCUGAAGACACCACAGGGAAAGACGAGGCUGAUAAGGAAGAAGCAGAGUCAAGGAGAUCGCCCACGGUGGAAGACAUCAAAGGUUUACUAGACGAGAACCUCCAGCCUGCGGCUCAGGAAAUGACCAGACAGGCCCCAGACAUGCACCUGCUGGCACGGUUGUGUCGGGAGGUGUGGCCGGCCCUGGUGGUGAUCGGCGGGGUGGACAAGGGCCUGCGGCUGGGUGGGCGGUGUGUGCACAAGCAAUCGUCUCGACAGGCCACCUUGCUGGGGAUGGUGAAGGAGGGCAGCACCUCGGCGAAGGUGCAGUGGGACGACGCUGAUGCCACUGUCAGUGACACGCCGGUGACUAACCUGGAGCCUGGUGACUUGGUGCUGUUCGAUGCCUACAAGCUGCAGGGCCUGACGGCAGACACGCUCCAGGACCUGCUGCACCUCACAGGGGUCGGCACAGAUGACUCGCUGGUAGACAGGGUAUUCAACAGGACCCGGCCAGUCCGGCAGAAGACUGUAGAGGAGCAGCAGCAGGACCUGUUAGAGAAGAGCCUGGAUGCAGACAUUGCCACCGCCAUGCAGGAGGAUGGACCUGAUGGCAUCAAGGAAGAGGCUGGACAAGAACAACUUCCUGCAGCAGACAAAACAGAUGGUGAAGACAAAGAUCCAAUACAGUCUGCUGAAAGCAAGUCGUCAGAGAUGUCUGAAAGCAAAAGUGAGGAGGUCGACUUUUCUGAAAGUAAGAGUGAGGAACAUCUAGAUGAGAAGACGGAGGUUGCGUUCGAGGAGAGAUCCACAGCAAGACCCAGGCCCCACAUGUCAUCAGGCUGUCUCAGCCUCAGCCAGGCAGAACUCAUGGCACUACAACUGGCCUAUCUACAGCUUGGGGCUCUCAAGGCAUUGGGUGUUAUAAUGGGCUGUGGUAAGUAUGCUGAGAUGCUGCUGGUGCCCAAAGUCACGGGGGCAAGCCAGCAGCCCAAGCCUGCUGAGCCCUCGCAGGAGGAGGAACUGAAGGAGACGAUGCGGGGAGUGAUGCGGCUCAUGGUGAACAGGGCCGUCACCGCCUCGCCCGUCAAGCGGAACGUCUCCAUGAUGGAGCUGGAGCGGGCGCACUCCAUGCUGCUGAAGCUGGCUGUCAACGCUGCGGCAGAAGAGGGGUCAGAUAUAAGGACUAAAAUAGGCCGGAAACUUGUCAUGGCCUUUAGGAAGAACAGAGGACCGUUCUCAAGCAAUGAGAGUCAAGAGGGGGAUCCAAUCCAAGGGGGGUCCACCCUGGCCUGCCAGGGGGCAGAGGGGGGCCAGGGGCAAGAGCACCAGGCGAGUCGUGCGCCUCUGUGCAGUAUGGAGGAUAUAAUGAGUGAGGCCGAUGAUAGCUCAGGCCACGAGGAGCUGUUGGAGGAGUAUCAGAUCAGGAAGAGACAGCAGGAGUCCUCCGCCUCAACUGUGAACACCAAGUCCUCCAUAGCAGCGACCUCCACAUCCUCCGUGGGUACCAUGACGACCGCCUCGACGGCACCGCUGGCCUCGCGUGAGGAGCGGCUGGAGCUCCCCGGCGUGACGGACGAGAGGCCGAACAGCUCGGGGUCCUACCCAGCUGCCGGGCGCAGGCCAAGCCUGGGGCGCAUAAUGCGAGGUCCCACCCCCCACAUGCGAGCAAGCGUACCGCCUCCCCUGGUCAUCCCCCCUCGCCCACGACGCUCACAGACCCCACCAUAUUUGUCUCCUAGGACGCGGUCGCCUCCGUCGUCACCGACCUUCGGUGGUCCUCCACCACCCAUGAGGUCUCAGCUACCUCCACGCCCACCGUCACGGAUGGAAGCCCCUGUAGCUCCCCCCCGCCCCCGGUCUCUCCCCCCACCCCCGCCCAUCGCCCCCCAGCUGCUGGAGAUGGGUUUCACCAUGAAGCACAUCCAGCGAGCCAUUGCGGCCACUGGUUCGCGCGGCGAUGCGGACCCUCGGCGUGUGGCGGUGCUGGCGACGUGGAUGGUGGAGCACCCGUGUGAGGAGGAGGAGGAGGCAGCAUCAGGACCGGAGGGAGCUGAGGCACAGGAGGGGAGAGGGGCAGACGUUGCUCGGGAGGACACUCCAUCCGACAGGACUGACAGGAGCCCUGAGCCGGAGGAGCGACAGGAGCCACGGCAGGAACCACGACCUGACCCGCCCCAGAGAACCCUGUCUGGGCGCAGGAGCAUGAUGGGAGAGAGGUCAAGGGGCAUGGCGGACAUACGGAGCUUCAUGACCAUGACCAAUCAAUCUGGUGAGAGGCACAGAACUCGAAAUGCCCCUGUAGCUCCAUCCCGUUCACGCCCCCGCAUGGCCGACAUAAGGAGAUACAUGACCACGACUAAUCCAUCUGUGUUCCUGGGUAGGACCGAGGGCCGUGAGGCGGAUGAGCAGGAGCCGGGGCGGGAGCGGGAGGGAAUUUACGACCGGUUGAACCUGGACGAGGACAUGGACAUCGACGAGGAGGUGAUGGAGGACAUGUUUGGCCGGGAGAUCACGUCCGAGAGGGAGAUGCUGGGGCUCUGGUUCCCUGAGUAUGCCCGGGAGGCUGAGCAGGGUGAUGAGACUGUUCUGUGUGAGCUGUGUGGCACUACCACCUCACAGUUUAACCGGCACAUGCGCACACACCACCGGGGCUGUGGGGGCAGCUGCGGUCGGCAGGGGUACAGGAGUAACGGCUCGUACGUCGACGGCUGGUUCGGGGGAACCUGCGGCACGGGAAGCCCGUACUACCUGCUCUGUGGGGAAUGCAGAGAAAGGUACCUUGCUGAAGGGGCACAGAGGGAUAUUGUGUAUGCCGAUGCCACCAGUCCUGACAGGUCCACGUCCAGUGUGAAACUUUCCCCAGACCUUGUUGGAAGAGUGGAUGGAAGCUAUGAAGAUGAGAUGGAUUUUGGAGAUCUGGAAGGGAACAGGUUUGCAGCCAUCGAGAGUUUUGAGGCCAUCAUGGGUUCCCUGGGUCUGAACGACCGGCGAGUAGUCCCUGACCCAGUUCAGUUUACAGACAGUGAUCCUCUGGGAGCCAAGUCCACUGUGGCAUCCAUGGCAGAGGAGUCCAAUCUCUCUCCAGACCUCCCCAGGUCCAGCCAGAGCCUGGGACUGCCUGGGCCUCGCCGUUUGACCUUGGGAGAGCAGGCGGCAAUGUUGCUUGACCCCCAUGACCGAGCGGUUGCCCUGCGGAGGACCACCAGUGCAGCCCAGAUCCUGCUGGCUCGCUCCAUGGUCAUGAAGGCCCUUUCACUGCUGUCUGUCAGUGGUUCGGCCUGUAGCCUGGCAGCAGGACUUGAGGCUCUGGGCCUGGCCGACAUCCGCCUGCUGGUCCGUCUGAUGUGCCUGACUGCCGCCGGGAGGGCGGAGUUCGUCAUGGGAACAGAUGACACUGGUCACCAUGGCAACGGGACGGGCACGCCCAACGGGAUGGCGACCAGCCUGACGUACCUGAGCGCUGCUAUAGGAUCUCUGGCUGCCAACAGUGCCAGCGCUUCCAGGAUGUUGGUACAACUCUGCACACAAGAACUGAUGUCAGCAGCCACCGGUGUGAACCUCUCCACCAUCGAGGACCCCAGGAAGAGGACCUGCCGGCGAGACCAGGACCCCUCCAGCUCCGACCACAAGGCCCUGUCCUCCCCCAGCUUCUCUGUGACCCAGUCUCUCGUGUCGCUGCUCGCAGGCACCAGACAAGGUUCCUCUGGACAGCUCUUCUCCCCCUCUGACUCCUAUGAUGAAAUGAAUGACUUGAUGAAAGAUCUCAAACUAGAGCAAGAUUCCAGCAAAGUGCAGGACACAGCCUCGACAUCUGGACCUACCAGCCCGCUGCACCCACCGAGACUAGGCCCCCUGCAUCUGGCCAAUGCACUGGCAGCCUGCUGCCUGUCCACACGGCUGUCCUCCCAGCACCGGCAGUGGGCGGCCCAGCAGCUGCUGAGGAGCCUGGCGGCACAGAGCCAGGAGGGGCGGUGUGUGCCGGAGACGGCGGCAGACCUGGCGGGCGACCUGCCAAAGUGUGCCGCCAGCAAGCUGGAGGCUCACCAGAACCGCGUCGUUUCGUGCGUAUGGAACGGGAGGAAGAGCCUUCUGGCGACCAGCGGUUGCGACGGGACAGUGCGCGUCUGGAACGUGUCAUCACGCUCGCAGCACAUCCUGCAGCAGACCUGUGUCUUCAACAAGUCAGAGGAGGACCCGACGUCGGCGGACGACCUGAUGGGCAGCCAGCUGUCCCACGUGUGCUGGAAUGCCAACGGCAGGCUGCUGGCAGCCUCUAUGGAGAACAUGGUCAACAUAUGGUCGGUGGCAGGAGGCCGUGGACACCUUGACCUCCAGCCCUGCUGGGUGACGGCCAUCACCUGGCCACAGAACAAGGGCUUACUGGACGGGCGGGGCCUGUCAGGAACAGACAUGCUGCUGAUUGGUCGGCUGGACGGCUCGCUGGCUCUGGUGGAAGUGCUGGACAGCUCGACCUUCAACAGGGUCGAACUGGAACACUGCUACAGGAAGGAAGUGCCUGUGUGUGCCAUUGCCUGGUAUGAUGAGCACGGAAAGUUUGCUAUUGGUUACUCGGACGGCAAGGUGCGGAUGUGUGUGAAGGAUCCGUAUGAUCAGGAUGCGAUUAAGACUAUUGAGGCACAUGAGACAUCCAUCUCUGGGCUGACCUGGGACCCUACAGGCCACCUGCUGGCGACGCUGGCUGAGGAUGUGUGCCUGAAGCUGUGGGGCUGUAACUGUGACACCUGGACCAUGGUCUACAUUAUCCCACAUGCUUCCCCGGUCACUGCCAUGGACUGGUGCCCCCUGCUGGGGAAAGGGGACGAACCUCAACUCAUGCUGGCCACUGGUUGCAGUGAUGGUAGUGUCCAUGUGUGGACUCUCCCCCAGCCAGGCUCAACUGUCUCCAUCCCGUUCACAUCACCAAGGAGGACAGACCAGCAGGCAGAGACCAGGGACAGGGCCGACACACCUCCCACAUCUCAUCAGGAGACCAUAGCAGACGAGUCCAGACAAGGACCAGUGGAGGAGGUUCUGGUGCUGAAGGGUCACCAGACGUCCAUCCAGCACCUGGCCUUCCACCCACAUGGUAUGGGGCUGGCCUCAGGCUGCUCCAGGGGCGUCGUCAACCUCUGGUCUCUCCAGGAUGGGGCAGUCACUCAAACCCUGAUGGGCCAAGGUACCACACAGGGCCUGGUGUGGGCAGGGGAACAAGCUCUCGCAGCAGCCUUCAACAAGUCUAAGGAUGUCUCCCUGAUGUACCACAGUCAGGACUGGUUCAGUCAGCACACCUCACUGGCUGCUGCACGCAUGGCGCUCCGGGCACAAGGCAUUGUGGGACUGCACCAAGCACCAUGCAUGAAGGCACUGCUGGGAAGGUUACCCAGAAUCCUUCAGGAACAGUACUCAUAUGAAAAGGCCCAUGUAGUGUGUGGGGACCAGCUGGUUCACAGCACCUUCCUACAGAACUUUGCUGCCAUGGCGAUAGGACUGCAGCUGGAGAAGGUCCUCUGUACCGUCCCAUGUCCCCCCCACCUCAGGAACAGUGUGGAGGAAGGAUGCAGGAAUGUCCCAGAGUGGACGUGGCUGGCAUCGUUUUCCGCAGCACUGAAGUCAGCAGAAACACUCAGCAAAAGAUGUGCAUUCCCAGUAUCCUUUGUGGUUCCUGACAUUGAAACCAUCAGUAAGGAUGAACCCAUGCAGCCGACGGAUAACGUAGCGUGGAAACUGAACAUGGAUGAAGAAAUCAUGGCCUGGGCAACACAGAAACCUGAGGAUUGGAUGCUGGGUGGACGUUGUGAAGCCUACAUGUGGGGAGGGGGGCGCCAUGGGCAGCUGGCAGAGACUGGGAGGAGUUUACUCACUCCAACCAUUACCCCUUCCUUCUCACAGGCUCAACAGAUCAUCUGUGGGCAGAACUGCACGUUUGUGAUCCAGGCUAAUGGGACGGUGCAGGCCUGUGGGGAGGGCAGCUACGGCCGGCUGGGACAGGGCAACUCAGACGACCUCCACCAGCUAACCAUCAUAUCAGCACUACAAGGUUUUGUUGUGACCCAGCUGGUAACAUCUUGUGGCUCCGACGGGCACUCCAUGGCGCUGACAGAGAGUGGGGAGGUGUUCAGCUGGGGGGACGGUGACUACGGGAAGCUGGGCCACGGGAACAGCGACAGACAGCGCCGACCCAGGCAGAUCGAGGCUCUUCAGGGAGAGGAAAUCAUACAGAUGGCUUGUGGGUUCAAACAUUCUGCUGUUGUGUCAGCUGAUGGCAAACUUUUCACAUUUGGUAACGGUGACUAUGGGAGACUGGGGCUGGGGAACACAUCCAACAAGAAGAUUCCAGAGAGAGUCACUGCACUGGAGGGCCAGAUGGUUGGACAGGUUGGCUGUGGGUUGAACCACACCCUGGCAGUGUCAGCAGACGGCAACACUGUGUGGUCCUUCGGAGAUGGAGACUACGGCAAGCUGGGACUCGGGAACUCCACAGCCAAGUCAACACCACAGAGAGUAGAUGCCUUGUGUGGAAUAGGAGUGAAGAAAGUCUGCUGUGGGACUCAGUUCUCUGUUGCUCUCACCAAGGAUGGCAGAGUCUUUACAUUUGGACAAGAGCGGCUGAUUGGCCAGCCGGAGAGCCGAAGCCGGAACCACAACCGUCCGCAGCAGGUUCCCGCACUGGAGGCGUUCUUCGUGGAGGACGUCGUGGUUGGGGCGGAACACUCGCUGGCCUUGACCUCCACGGGAGAGGUGUGGGCGUGGGGCAGUAACGGGGAUGGACAGCUGGGGAUAGGGGACACCAACGCCAGGAGGGAGCCUUGUCUGGUCACAACUCUACAGGGCAAGAGUGUCAGACAGAUUUCUGCAGGCAGGAAUCACAGUGGAGGCUGGACGGCCCCUCCCCCACCCAAGCGUGCCCCCGGUGUACCGGCCCCCCUGCAGCUGGGGCAGCCCUCCUCCAUCCCUCCACAGUUCACCUCGCUGAAGGAGUGCAGCAUCGACGCCAUCAAGGCCAGGCUCAGGCUGCUGCACCACUUCUCGGACCUCAUCUACUCCUCCUGGAGACUGCUCAACCUCAGCCCCAACCAGACGAUGCAAGUAAUUCCCUCAAGAAGACAGGCCAACCUUGGUGUGUACAGUAUUGGUGUGGAGGGACUGGUGCAGGGUGACCUACGACCCCUGCUGGCCCCCAGGGUGUACACCCUCCCCAUGGUCAGGGCCAUCGGCAGGACAAUGGUGCAGGGGAAGAACUACGGACCUCAGAUCACAGUCAGGAGACUUGCCACAAGGGGCAGGAAGUGUAAGCCCAUCUUCCACCAGAUAGCCCGUCAGGUGGUGAAGUUGAAGCCGGAUGAGCUGCGGCUGCCGUCGCGUGCCUGGAAGGUCAAGCUGGUGGGGGAGGGGGCUGAUGACGCCGGGGGGGUGUUCGACGACACCAUCACGGAAAUGUGCCAGGAGCUAGAGACUGGGGUCAUCGACCUCCUGCUGCCCACACCCAACUCCUCCGCCGAAGUCGGCUGCAACCGGGACCGCUUCAUCCUGAACCCGUCGGCUACCACCCAGGACCACCUGCACCAGUUCAAGUUCCUUGGCGUCCUGUUUGGGGUGGCCAUCCGCACCAAGAAGCCACUGGACCUGCACCUGGCUCCCAUGGUGUGGAAACAGCUGGCAGGUAUGCCGCUGACCAUUGACGACAUAGAAGAUGUGGAUGCCCUGUUUGUGCAGAGUCUACGCAGCAUCCGAGACAUCGACAAGAGCGGGGUCACAUCCGAAACUUUCCAUGAGGUGAUUCCGUUGGAUUGUUUUGAGGGUCAGAGUGUAGAUGGGCGGUUUGUUCCUAUCAUUCCUGGCGGGCGCAGCAUUCCUCUGACGUUCCACAACAGGAAGGAAUAUGUGGAGAGGGCGCUGCAGUACAGGCUUCACGAGAUAGACAGACAGGUGUCAGCUGUGCGAGAGGGCAUGGCGUGGAUCGUUCCUGUGACCCUGCUGUCCCUGCAGACUGCGCGGCACCUGGAGUCCAUGGUCUGUGGCAUGCCCGACAUCUCAGUCGACAUCCUCAAGAAAGUCGUCAGGUACCGAGAGAUUGAUGACAACCACCACCUGGUCCAGUGGUUCUGGCAGACCCUUGAGCAGUUCAGUAAUGAUGAGCGGAUCCUCUUCAUGCGAUUUGUCUCUGGACGGUCCAGACUCCCGGCCAACAUUGCCGACAUCUCUCAGCGCUUCCAGAUCAUGAAAGUGGACAGGACAGGUGACGGCCUACCCACAGCCCAGACCUGCUUCUUCCAGCUGCGCCUGCCUCCCUACUCCAGCCAGGAGGUCAUGGCCGAACGGCUGCGCUACGCCAUCAAUAACUGCCGCUCAAUUGACAUGGACAACUACAUGCUCUCCAGGAACGCCGACGUGGGGGCAGGGUCAGAUGAUGAGUACUGACUGACACCUGUCCAUCAUGCCUGAAGACCUGUCAAUCAUGCCUGAAGACCUGUCCUGACUCUGUGUGUCAUGCCCGACUCUCCAAGCAGACAUUUAGGCUUCGGCUUGUUUCUGUGUUUUAAAGCGUUUUCAUCAAGCUUUCUUUUUUUGUACUUGUAUGUUUUUGGGCUGGUGUAAAGAAAAAUUUCAGUACAUGAAAUGAAACCCAAUAAAAAUGUCAAAAAUUAUGCCAGAAAUAAACCGAAGCCUUAACCUUGCUUGGAGAGUAGUGUGUUAGGUUAUCAAUCUGGAGUCCUUUCCAAAAGCCCUUGAGACUUGGAGCUUGAAAUGGGAACAUAUAAACACUGUUUGAAGUCCACAUCAGAAGGAUAUUCUAAUAGAAGAAAGAACUACGGUCAAAACUGCUCAAGGCGACCUCUUAGGGGACCAGUAAAACCUGGUGUUUAUGAACAGGUGCAUACUAUAGACAGGAUUUUUUAUGCUUGUGUCAAUGGAAAAAAUAUGUAAUAAACCACCAAAAAGUGUUCAUAUUGACCAGGUAGUCCUUAUGUAGAGGUGGUCAGUUGUGGAGGGUUGACUGUAUGACAUUUGUGUGUGGACCUCCAAAGCCUUUCACAUUGUAUGUUUCAGAAUUUCAGACUAUGAUCUCAAACAAAUAUAUCAGCUGCUACUUUUUAAGUCCUCAUGGUUUCAGAAUUCUCAUUCUGUUACAUGUAGAUGGAACAGGAUAUGAAUCUUUUGUUGAGAAGUGUAAAAAGAUUUUGUGAUAAUUUAAGUGUGAAUUGCUUUAUCAUGUCAGGAGCAAAAAUUGUCGGAUGUUUGUGUAUGUUUCUGUGUUGCAUUUAUUUAUUCAGGGCAUGGGUGUAUAAGAAGUCAACUCUAGAGGAAAUAUUGGUGUGUAGAUCAUUGUAGGAACCAGAAAUGUAGGUGAUGCAGUAGCCAUGAUGAAAGUGAAAUAUAUAAUAAUAUUGUACUUUGCCAUUGCCGACAUCUAUUUAUCAACUGUCUCAGUUGACUUGUCUCAGUGACUUGUCACAAGUGUUGUACAGUCCUUACAAUAGAAGACAAGCACAAGAUAGGGCAAUCUACUGAUCCUAUAGGUUUUUGCAGUGAUGGUGCAAUAUGCUUUAAUGUACAAGGAAGCAUACAUGUACAUAUGCUUACUUAAGAGAAUAAUUGAUUCAAUGUGGCAAACAGCUUUCAAAGCGACUCUACAACAAGGUCCUAAGUAUCAAUUUUGGUUAUUUGCUGACUACCUCAGUGUCAUUAAUAUGCUAGUCUCUACUAGACUAACUAUGCUGGCAGGAAAAUUGUAGAAUUUAGAGAGAGAAAUUUACCAGGGGAGUUUGGCCUAAGGCUAUAUCAUUUACCACAGGCUCACUCUCCUGGCCUACAAUUGACCAUAUGUUUGCAAAAUUCUGAUAUCCUUAACCCAUUAGGAAAGUCUGGUGUAUAUCAAAAUACCCAGAUGUUGAAUAAGUUGAAUAUCCCCUCAUUGAUAUUGACAUUAUUACAAAUCUGCCUUUGGGUAUUUUUCAGAGGUUAAUGAAAUGUCAUGUAACAAUAUACAUGUAUAUGAAGCCCCUAACUGUUGUUCUAAAAAUGGGACAGCCACUACACUGACAAUCAGAUAAAAAAACUAAUGAGAUAUUGUUACAUAAGCUGUUAUUACAACUCAACCACUGCAGUUUUUUCUUGGUUCUUACCUAUCACUAAGAUCAUCAAUAAAGCUGGUGCUAUAUUUG